AUGAGGCCGUGUGCGCUGCUGGCCAUGCUGGCAUGUGCUCUUGUGGUGGCUCCUGUGCCCAUGCUCCUGCCAGGCAGCAGCCCCAGACUUGAGCGCCCUGGGGAUGUGGUGCUGGGCGGCAGCUUCUCCAUCCUGCAGUUCUACAAUGUUGUCCAGCUGGAUUUCAGGUCCCUGCCAGCAGGGCUGCCAUCCUCACGUGUGUCCAGCUGGGGCUACCGGGUGGCCCAGAGCUUCGUCUUUGCUGUCGAGGAGAUCAACAGGAGCACCUGCCUGCUGCCCAACCUGACUCUGGGCUUCUCCAUCCGCAACUCCGGGGACUCUGUUCACAGGGCCCUGCAUGAGACCCUGUCCUUCCUCACUGGCCAGGAGGAUCCUGUCCCCAACUAUGUGUGCCAGUUUGGUCCACCCCGGGUUGCCUUGGUGGGGGACACACGCUCGGCUCUGUCUGUGGCCAUGGCCAGGCUGCUGGGGCUCUACAAGUUUCCCCAGGUCAGCUAUGCAUCCACACUACCCAGCCUCAGUGACAAGACCCAGUUCCCAUCCUUCCUGCGCACCCGUGCCAGUGACCUCACGUCCUCCUAUGUUGUCACCCAGCUAGUGCGACACUUGAGAUGGUCCUGGGUAGGCAUUCUGGCCCAGGAUGAUGACUUUGGGCACCAGGCCGGCACUCUGGCCACCCAGGAGCUGGGUAAGGCAGGUGUUUGCAUCGAGUUCCACCUGCAUGUCCCUUCCCUUUAGUCCACUGAGAAGAUUGAUGCCAUUGUGCAGAAGAUGGAGCAGAGCACAGCCACAGGGGUCUUGGUCUUCCUGAGUAACUCCAAUAUUCAACUCAUCCUGCGGAGGCUGGUAGGCAUCCGUGUCCUUGGCCAGGUCUGGGUCAGCGAGGGCCUCCUGCACACAGUGAUUGCCCUGGCCACACCAGGUGCCUCCUGGAUUCUGCAGGGUGCAUUUGGUCUUAAGCUGCACAGUAGCCAUGCACAUGGACUCCCCGAGUUCUUUGCCCACCUGCACCCCAGCCGGACCCCUGAGGACAUGUUCCUGAGGAGGUUCUGGGAGGCCACCUUUGGGUGCAGGUGGCCACAUGGUAAUGACACUGUGGCGAGGGAUGUGCAGCUCUGCUCAGGCAGUGAGAGUCUGAGAGGCCAUGAGUUUCCUUUCCAGGAUGUGAGUAGAGUGGAUGCUGCAUACCCAGCCGUCUACAGCAUUGCCCGUGCCCUGCAUGACCUGGUGUCUUGUGAGCAGGGAGAUAAGGCAUGUGAAGAUUCUAGGCACUUCCAGCCCUGGCAGCUCCUUCACCCCCUCAGGAAGGUGUGCUUCCAGACCCCUGAUGGGACCCACAUCAUGUUUGAUGCCAAUGGAGACUUGGUGACAAAAUUUGAUGUUAUCCAAGGGCAGCAGAGCCCCGAGGGCCACUUCCACUUUGUCCACAUUGGCACAAUGGAGCCUCAUCCCUCUUUGGGGGACAGGAUGAUGAUUCACUUGAAGGCUGGUGUCCAGGUGCCCAGCUCUGUCUGCAGCACCAGCUGUGAGCCAGGAUCCAGCCAGAUGCCUCGACAGGGAGCCCCCCACUGCUGCUUCGAGUGCCGGCCCUGCCCAGAGGGACAAUUUGCAGACCAGAGAGACAUGAAGAGCUGUCGCCAGUGUCCCAAGGAGCAGUACCCAAGCCAGGCCAGAGACCGCUGCCUUCCCAGGACAGAGACCUUCCUGGCCUUCGAUGAACCCCUGGGCCUUGCACUGACUUCGGUGGCGCUGGCGCUGGCCGGCCUGGCCUGCCUGGUCCUCGGGGUAUUCCUGAGGUUCCGGGACACACCUGUGGUCAGGGCCAACAACAGGGCCCUCAGCUACGUGCUCCUGGUGUCCUUGGCCCUCUGUGCCCUGAGUCCCUUGCUGUUCCUUGGCUGCCCCUCACCCACCACCUGCCUCCUCCGCCAGACCACCUUUGCUGUGGUGUUCACUGUGGCCGUGUCCUGUGUCCUCGCCAAGACCCUCACUGUGGUCCUAGCCUUCAGGGUCACUAGGCCGGGACAGAGAAUCCGCAUGUGCCUUGGGCCCAGCACCUCCUCUUUUGUGGUACUGGGUGCCUUGGUGGUGCAGGUCGUUCUCUGUGGGAUCUGGCUGGGCACCUCCCCACCAUUCCCACACAGUGACACAGCCUCAGAGGCAGGCCGCCUUGUGCUCCUGUGCCAGGAGGGCUCUGGUGUCGCCUUCUCCUGUGUGCUGGGCUACCUGGGCCUCCUGGCUGUGGGCACCUUCUCUGUGGCCUUCCUGGCCCGGGGCCUGCCGGAUGCCUUCAACGAGACCAAGUUCCUCACCUUCAGCAUGCUGCUCUUCUGCAGCGUCUGGACGGCCUUCCUACCCCUGUACCACAGUGCACGGGGCAAGGCCACCGUCGCUGUGGAGGUCUUCUCCAUCUUGGCCUCCACUGCAGGACUGCUGGGUGGCCUCUUCCUCCCCAAGUGCUACCUCAUCCUGCUGAAGCCUGAGAGGAACACGCUGGCUGGGUUGAGGCCUGGAGCCUGGGCUAAGAGUGGAUGUGGCAGUCUCCUGGGAAUGGGAGUCCCUCCAGGCCUUCAGCACAGUACCAGUUGAGCCCAGCCUCACUGACUGCAGCAGGAUCCUGGGUGCAGGUGCCUGGUUCCUGUGUUGACUGAGGGAAAGGUGAGGAUUGAGAGUCCAUCAAGUGAUACAUGGAUAAACAAGUGUGAUCUAUCCAUGAAUUAAAUAGUAUUUGAGAAUAAGAAGGAACGAAGGACCAAUGCAUGCUACAACAUAGAUGAGCCUUAAAACUGUUAUCCUGAAUGAAGGAAAGCAAAUGCAGAACACCAUGUGGUGUAAGAUUCUAGUGC